GACGAUGUUCCCCACGGCGGAGGUGGGCCAGGACUUCUUGGAGUGCUUCAUCCACUUGGACGAGUCAUCCGAUCUAGAAGCAAGCGCGUAUUGUGCCUCUAUGCAGAGUGAGCUGGACAUGCUGCUGAAGGGUUACAUAUGGCAAAAGGAGCCCCUCACUCUGGAAGUCGCCGAAGACAUGCCACUCGCGUUGCGCGGCAAGAUGUACGUGGGAGACAACGUCGAAGACGAGUGGGUGGCCACUGCAGCCCUGAACAUGCUUACGAAGAAACAUUCCAACAUCACGGUGCAAGUGAGGGAUGCUGAUGGGGAGUUCCUGCUCAUUGAAGCUGCCGAGGCCCUGCCAUCUUGGCUCAACCCAGACAACAGCGCCAACAGGGUCUUUUUAAGACGCGGCCAUCUGCAUAUUGUCCAACAAAAUCCCACCGAACGACACAUGGAGUUGCGCACAGCGCUCUCCUUUGUCACGUCUCCAACAAUGCCGUCGACACGAGCUAACAAAGUCAUGGACUCCAUCGUGCUUGAUCGCUUGCACCAUGCGCAGUCGUACUCGAUGCAACGCGAGAUCAAUUGUCAUGUGGUCCAAUGCACCUUGCCCCCGAACGUUGCUCUCGUCUUUCAAGCACUACCUCACAGCGUCGCGUAUGCUGUCGAGGCGUUUUACUACCGCGAGCCCACCGAAGCGACUGUUGUGUGCCGGAAAAUGCAUUGGUUCCCAGUACCAUCUACGCCCAAGGAGAUGGUCACAACGAUGGUCCCGCUCACACGAUGCAUGUACGCGCAAGUUAAGCAGCAGCAAUUCGCACCGCCCAAGCCUUUCCACCAUGUAAUGCCUUCGCCGCAAGCCGACGCAUCGAAGGCGGCUGCCGCCGAGCUCGGCAUGAAGCUUACUUGCGGUUUGGAACUGCUUUGCAACAGUCACGUCCAAGAUUGGCGCGGUGUCAUGUGGCGGGACAGAAUUGGCGCAGCCAUCGGCGAUCCAUCCCGGAAGUUUGAGCCGUCGCCGCUGCGACCUUCGGACGACGACUCAUGGUUGUAUGUGACUCCGGAAGGUUUGGAAGCCAUGCUGGAUGAAGCAGAUUCAAAACUCAAGGAGCUGUCCCCCGAGGACGACGCAAACGAGGGAGGAGGUGGCGACGAGCUGCAAAAUAUGGCGUCUCUCUUUGACAAGUUCGUGCAUGACAUGUCAGACUAUGAAGGCGUUGCUCCGACGGAAUCUGCAACUCAAGCCGACGUGAGUUUCAACAUGGACACGUUGAUGGAGAUUCUAAAGUCUGGCAACCUUGGGGAUGAUGCCAACGUGGACGACAGGGCAUCUCCAGCCAGGGAUUUCGACGACUACUUUUUCGAUAGCGAAGACGAAGACGACGAUGUUGCGAUCGACGCUGAAAUGGAUGCUAUGAUGGACGAAAUGGACACCGAACUGCAGCAGUCCAAGAUGGCCAAGAGUUUCGUCCCUCCACCGAGACGAGGACACCCUAUCGUGGACGGCAGCGAUGACGGCACCAUCCAGCCCGUCGAUGUAGACUUCAACCUUGUGUCCAACCUGCUGGCUUCCGUGGCAUCGCAGGAAGGCAAUGCAGGGCCUGUUUCCAACAUCCUUCGAGACUUGGGGUUCUAAUGGAGUUCGUUUCAUGAGAGUUGAUGAGAGUCUGUGUGUUUAUUAACUAGCGGUUCGAAUUGAAAAUGGAGCGUGACCUGA